AAUGAAAAUACGAAAGGAGUAAAUUGGUGAUUGUGGAAAUCGGCGAUUAGGGUGUAGGGCGAAGUGAAACACAGACACAGACACUUCUCCCGUCCAAGAACUCUCAACUCUGAUUCCUCCUUCCUUAUUGAAUUACAUUAUGGGCAUAGUCAAGUAAGCAUGGAAUAAAGUGACAAGAAAGGAUGUGCUGAAACCUUCUAUGUAGAAUUGUAUUUGAACAGCUUUGUUCCUGUGCAUGGGACCAGGAACUUGAGUAUGUCAGGGAGAAACCGUAUGCCUCGUCAUCCUGAAAAUUUCCGUGGUUUACGUGAUGUCCCUCGGUCUGUUAUGAACCACGGACCAGGACCGCUGCCAAUUCACCCUGCUGCUUUGGAAGAUGAACUUGAAAUGCAACAUAGGGAAAUGCAGAGGAUAAUUGCAGAGAACCGGCUUGUUAUUGAUGACAAUACACAUCUUCAAAGGGAAUUAACAGCUGCAAAAGAUGAGAUUCACAGAUUGGGGCAGGUCAUUCCCAAACUCCGGGUUGAGAAAGAGGUACAAGCCAGGGAGUUAAUCGAGAGAGGAUUAAAGCUAGAAGCUGAUCUCCGUGCUUCUGAGCCUCUGAGAUCAGAGGUUAUGCAGUUAAGAGCUGAAGUUCAGAACUUGAAUGCAUUAAGACAGGAUUUGUCUACCCAAGUCCAAAGACUCACACAAGAUGUUAAUCGUGCACAAGCUGAGAAUCAGCAACUAAUUGCCAUGUCAGCUGAUAUGGAUGGGAUGCGCAAGGACCUUAUUGAGGCCAGGAGGGCUUAUGAGUAUGAGAAAAAAGCCAAAGAAGAACAACUUGAAAUGAAGCAAUCAAUGGAAAAAAACCUCAUUUCCAUGGCUCGUGAAAUAGAGAAGCUAAAAAUAGAGCAGCUAAAUACAGAGAGAAGAGCACGAGAACUAGGUGGCGGGGGCUAUGGAAUGUUGAAUGGAAGCCCUGAAAUGAGAUACCAAAGUGAUGCGUUUGGCUAUGGCUAUGGCAGUGGUUGGGGACAUUACGAUAAGCGUGACCCUCCUCGUCGUUGAUUUUUCCCAAAGACAACUUGAGAUGCUUAUUUUGGGUUUGCAUGUAAUGGUCUUAGCUUCUUGGUGAUUGGACAUUUAGAGGUCUUCUACGUGAGAGGAAGAAAACAAUAUUAGGUUCAAGUAGAAUGAUAUCUUUCCACUCACUAGUUUAGAUGGUCACUGCAGCCUUUUCGGUUUCAAGCAACAUUUUUCUUUACUCCACUGGAAUUGAGUUAACAUGAUACUUAUUAUUAUGAUUGCAGAUUUGUACACAAAUUUAUUUUUAGAGAUUGGUCCAAAAAAAAAAAACUUAAAUUCGGAUUAUAUAGACUGGAUGAAUAUUUUGUUA